AUGGGGCAGCGUACCGGCAUCAUCGUGAACAGUGGCAUGGAUGACUUUUCGUCGCCCGGUUUGCGUAACUACUUCGGACUACCUGGCUCAAAGGCAAACUUCAUACGACCUCACAAGCGAGCACUUUCGUCUAUGUCACCCACGAUUGUGACGGAUCCGGCACACAACGUUAAGCUGGUAAUUGGAGCAGCCGGUGGGACUAAAAUUACCACGGCCGUCGCACUGACCAUAAUGCGCGUGCUUUGGUACGAGUACGGCAAUCUGGAUCUCGUCGUUAAGGGAUUGCAGAGCAAAGGACAUCGAACGACACGCUACCGAGAGCGUGGCUCGAUUAUUUGUGCAAUCGCCCAGAAUGCUUCGGGGGUGUAUGCGAAUGCUGACUACCGUAAAGGUGGUGACGUGGCCGGAUACUGA